UUUGCCAUGAGUUACGGCGUCUUCCAAGAAUACUACUUUGAUAACUGGACGCUGCAAGGUGGCCGCGAAGUAACCGGUAUCAUCGGGACGACCACGAAUGGCGUCAUGUACCUAUCCAUGCCCUUGCUCUUCGCGCUAUUCACCAGACGAUGGGCUCACAGACGUAGGAUGGCGGCUCUAUGCGGGGCUGCGCUGACAUGCAUCAGCUUCGUCCUUUCAUCCUUCAGUACCCAUGUGUGGCACUUGGUGGCAACACAAGGUGUCAUGGCAGCGCUGGGGUGUGCGCUAAUCUACAGUCCAACGACACUAUCGCUUGGCGAAUGGUUCAAGACGAGCAAUCGAGCCGUAACAUACGGCGUCUCCCUGUCGUGCAAGAAUAUCGUCGGAUCAGCUUGUCCGUUCCUAGUCCGCGUGCUUCUCAACCGCUACGGCUUCCGCACCACUUUGCAAGUCUGGGCCGCCAUCGCAACCGGCACCAGCAUCCCCGCCAUCUUUCUAAUACCCACUCACCCCUCCAGCAUCCUCCUGUCCACAAGCACCCACCGAGCCCGCAAGAACCCUUGGGAGUUCCUCAAACAUCAGAGCUUCUACAUCUACAGCACGGCUAUUAUCUUGCAAAGCUGCGGCUACGGCAUACCACAGACCUACCUUAACCAGUACGCCCACGACGUCACUCUCCUCUCUCAAACGUCGGCCACCCUCUUACUCACCGUCUUCAACAUCCCUGGCAUCGCAUCCAGUUCCUUCUUCGGCUAUCUUAGCGACAACAAGCACUUCCCCCUCUCCGCCACGACCGUGACCGCCAUCUCAGCCGUCAGCUCGGCCCUCUCCGCUUUUCUGAUCUGGGGCCUCACGUCGCAGGGCAGCAUGGCAUUGCUGGUGUUGUUCUCCAUUACCUUUGGUUUCUUCGCCGGCGGAUACAGCGCCACGUGGGGAGGGGUCAUUAAUGAGCUUGAACGUGAAGCUUCGCAAAGGAAUGAGGCGAUUGAUACGGGGAUGGUGUAUGGCCUGUUGAAUGGUGCUAGAGGGGUUGGGUAUGUGAGUGGAGGGUUGGCGGGCGUGCCGUUGCUGAAGUCGGGGAGUAGGGCGGCAAUUGGUGGGUUUGGGUAUGCGACGACUUAUGGGCCGCUUAUUAUUUUCACGGGGCUCUCGUCUGUGUUUGGGGGUUGGGGCAUAGUGUGGAAGUGGAUGGGGUUGCUGCAUUUGGUGUGA